CUCAGGUUUGCACACAGCAUCCCGACACUUUAUCGCCUUAAAUUCCUUAUUAAAUAACGAAACUCGUUUAAAUAACAUAAACGUUACUAUGUUAUUUUGUAAAUAAAAAAUAUAAGAUCACGCAAAGGUCGUUUCCAAAAAUGGUGGUUUUUAGUUAUUACGCGACGCGUUAUGCCGGUUUGUUGUUGUUAAACGCAGUGUUACUGUCAGCACAGCCUCUUACAGUUGAGAAAAUUGCAGUUGGUGCAAUAUUCGACCAGAAUACUGAAGAAAUUCAAAAUGUCUUCAAGUACGCGAUGACCAUACACAAUCAGAACAUAAGCAGCCGUCGAUUAGAACUGCAGGCAUAUGUCGAUGUAAUCAACACUGCUGACGCUUUCAAACUGUCUCGACUAAUAUGCAACCAGUUCGCGCGGGGCGUGUUCGCUAUGCUCGGUGCGGUCACUCCGGAAUCCUUCGACACUCUGCACUCCUACACGAACACGUUCCAAAUGCCUUUUGUCACUCCGUGGUUCCCUGAAAAGGUCAUUCCACCAUCGUCGGGUCUAAUCGACCACGCUGUGAGCAUGCGACCGGAUUACCAUAAAGCUAUCGUGGACACAAUACUGUAUUAUGGAUGGAAGGAAAUCAUUUAUAUGUAUGACUCGCAUGAUGGAUUACUGAGACUUCAGCAACUAUACCAGACUAUGCAGCCGGGCCGAACCGCGUUCCGCAUCGCACUCGUGAAGAGAAUUAAUAAUGCUUCUGACGCCAUGGAAUUCUUGUUGGCUUUGGAACAAUAUGACCGUUGGGGAAACAAGCGAAUAGUACUAGAUUGCAAUGCGAAAAACGCCAAAAACAUAUUGGUCGAACAUGUUCGUAAAGUGCAAUUGGGACGCAGGACUUAUCACUACAUGCUCAGCGGACUGGUUAUGGACGAUCAUUGGGAGAACGAAGUAACAGAAUACGGCGCAGUCAAUAUAACUGGGUUUUGCAUCGUCGACCACUCGCGUAAGAUUGUGCGCGAUUUCAUGGACGGUUUGCGGCGAAUGGAUCCUCGGUUCAAGGGGACCAUAUCGGCGGAGACAGCGCUCAUGUAUGAUGGUGUCCAAGUUGUAAUGGAUGCUUUGGGAAGGCUCUGGAGAAAGAAGCCAGAGGCCUUCAGGAGACGCGCUGCGGGACUAGCAAAUUCAACCAAAGUUAUUGAUUGCAACCCUGGAAAAAGCUGGGUAGUACCAUUUGAGCAAGGUGACAAAAUAUCUAGAUUGAUCAAAAAGACGGACAUUGAAGGUCUCACUGGAAACAUAUCAUUCAACGAGGAGGGUCAUCGACACAAUUUUACGCUACAUGUCGUCGAAAUGACCGUACAAAGUGCAAUGCUGAAGGUUGCUACAUGGAGCGAUGCCCAUGGUCUGCAAGUAGCGUCUCCGAAAUAUGUACAACUUCGUUCACCUGCCAGUUAUGACACCAACAAAACAUAUUCAGUGGUGUCUAUUCUCGAAGAACCAUAUCUCAUACAGAAAUCAACAGAAUACGGACAGAAAGAAGAAUUUAUUGGAUUCUGUAAAGACCUGAUGGAUCUAAUUGUGAGCAAAAUAGGAAUCAAAUACAAGAUAAAGCUGUUGAAAGAUGGCAAAUACGUUAACGAGCCUGUACCAGACGUCUACACUGGCGUAAUUGGCGAGAUUAUGAGAAAGGACGCAGACAUAGCUGUCGCUCCUUUAGCCGUAACACCUGAACGUGAACGAUUAGUGGACUUCAGCGAACCGUUUCUCUCAAUAGACACACCGAUCACUUACACAAGGACGCCAAAGCAGUUAUCGGACACAUUCAGUUUCCUUCGACCAUUAUCAAAAGAAAUAUGGCUUUGUGUAUUGUUCAGUUUCUUUGCUGUCAGCAUAGUACUGUUCUUAGUGUCAAGAUUCUCACCCCAUGAAUGGAAAUCUGUCUCGAUAUCAGAUACGCAACUGGACCAUGCCAUGAGUAGCACAAGUGAGAUUAUUUUGCACAACGAAUUCAGCAUUUGGAAUUCGUUCUGGUUUUCGCUCGGAUCCUUUAUGCAGCAAGGCAGUGACGUGGUGCCGAGGUCUUUAUCGGGAAGAAUUGUUGGAACAGUGUGGUGGUUUUUUGCUCUCAUCCUAGUUUGCUCGUACACGGCAAACCUAGCUGCGUAUCUCAUUGUGGAACGUAUUGCGGAACCGGCGCAUUCAACCAUCAACUAUGCACCAAACUUAGCUCAUACCGAAGCCAGUAAUUUGAAUUUACGGAGCAAUUUCGUGAGGGAUCCUGUUUUAAAUGAAGAUACUAUACCAGCUUAUUCUGAUGAUGGAGAAUCGUGUGGUCCAUCGCGUGUUUGUCGAUAUAAGCACGUUAAUUUCGCAAUCGCCACGGCAAAGGGAUCCCCUCUCAGGGAAGCUAUUAACUUGGCGAUAGUCAAUUUGAAAAAAGACGACGUUAUAUCUAAACUGUGGCGAAAAUGGGCUAACUAUAACAAGAAGCCGGAUUGUGAUGUAAUCAAAGAUGAGGAGACAUCCAUAACGGAAAUGACACUAAGUCAAGUGGCGGGGAUAUUCUAUGUGCUCGUGGGAGGAUUGGCGUUGGCGCUAGGAGUUGCAUUGGUAGAGUUUUGCCAGCACGGUCGCGCAGAGGCGGCACGAGCCAACGUUCCGCUACGGGCCGCCCUGCGGGCCAAAGCUCGUCUCGCUUCCCGCACGGAACGCAAGACGCCGCCACUACGCACACAAAGCGAUCACGAGCGCCUCGGUUGGAAUGGAGCGGCAUUCGCUGGGUACUUUACUUCUGGCACCCAGAUUUCCCAGGAGGAUGCUGUCCAUGCCAGCUUUACACACGUCUGAUCCGCGGAGAAGACCGGCGCCAACGUGCGUCAGUCUUCUACUACAAAAAUACCCAAUAACGGUGUAGAUCUUUAUCAACUUUAACAUCAUUUUUCAAUUGCUAUGACUUCUCAGCGCGGAUAUUAACAUCAUUUCUUUUUUUUUAUCGACUGCCUGACAGAUGAGAGACACAUACGUCAUGCAAGUCAAACUUUUGGUAGUGUUCGUUAUAUUUUUAGGGUAUUUCUCACUCUGCUUACAAAAAUGGUUGUUGCACUCCUUCCCCGCAUAAACUAAUACUGUGCCCCACUUUAGAAUCCUCCAUUAGCGUAAGCUUAGGAGUACCUGUAGUAAUUUGUAACCUAUGGUUUUUUUUAAUAUAUUUUUUUUCUAACAACUCACAUCCCGUUAUCGGACACUCAUAUGAUGUCAGACGAACUCUAUGCCUGGCAUGUAAUAUAAUAAUAUACAAUUAGACGUACCAACGCCUCACUUUUUCAAAGAUAAGUUGCCAGACUAUUAUUAAGAUGUCCUUUAAAUAGUAAAAGCAUGUUUAAAAAGGUAGGAAUUGAAAAACCUCAAGUAUUCCUCAUAUUAAAUACACACGUAGAAAUAUACCGAAUGAGAGACGGUGACGUAGUCAAAGGCAUUUAAUGGCUACUUAACCUAAUCCUUAACGACGGUUUUUGGAAGUAAUCAUUAAACUCUGAGUGCAGUAGUUAGUCAUGCUGUGUGGUGUAGUGACUGGAUCAUCAAGUGAUCAUCAUUUAUGAUAUAUAAAACAAGAAGGGCUUGUUGUGUAUGCAUGCUUUCUUUGAACAUUAAAGUACAAAUUGUGUUGCGUUUAUCUUAACAAAGGUUAGUCUUAAGAUGUAGUAUUGUUAUAUUAUAAGUAGGUGACGUAAGAAAAACAAAGCCAAACAAAUAGAGAACAAAAAUCGAGAGAAGUGCUAGUUUACUGUUCAUCAAACCAAUUUUGGCAUAAGCCUGAAAUAAAGACAUAUAAGUCAUAUAAAUACAUUUUAUAUUUGAU